AUGGGUCAACGACUGAUAUAAAAAUAAAUACCGUUGUGAUGUAAAUAUUAUUGUCCCCAAACGGUGCCUUUUAUAUAAUUUAUUAUUUUUAUCUUAUCUAGUUAAGGAAAUUUAAUACAAUUUGAAUACAAAUUUACGAGCUUUAACUUAUUAGGACUCAAAAUGAGUAGCAUUGGCUAACCUGCUCGAAAUAACAGUGAAAUCCCGUCCUUUGCAUUUCUUGCAGAAAUCGCAGGAAAGGGAAGUUAAAUUUGUCGUUUAUAUCUGUUACUUUACAUUUCUUUACUCUGACUUCUAAACUUACAGAAAAAUGACGCUCCAAGUGCACCCCAUCGCUCUCGGCUGUAUGCUGGUCGUGGCAGUUGGAACGUUGAUCUACACUUACAUGACGACUAGACAACAGGCACAAGAGCACAGUUACGGUGGCAGUAGUAGAUCCAGACGAGACAUUUACGAAGACCCACCUUUCGGAGUUUCUAGAUCUUCUUCCUGGUCAACGCUACCCGAUGACAGGGAACCUCCGUCUCGGAAAAAGAAGCGUGACAUUUGCACGAUCUGUUUGUCACCUCUUAAGUGGGAUAUGAAGACUUUAACCUGCUCUCACGUUUUCCAUUCUCAUUGCAUAACCAUGUGGCUAAACAAGAAGAACACCUGUCCUCUUUGCCGCACAGAAACACAUAUUUAAUUUUUCUCUCUUUUGAUAUAUAAAUAGUAAAUUAGUACAAUAAAGAUAUUAUUAAGAGUGGAAUUCUUAAGGUAAGAACAAUAAAUCGAGUGGUUUGAUAUAAUUAAGUAUUGUUUCAUGAAAUAAUUAUAAAAUAAACCCUUCUUUUUGUUUAUAGAUAGAAAUAUUUUGUAAAUUUUUGUUGUAACGAGUACAUUAUGAUUUUUCAGUAGUUAUUUGUACAAAUAAUUUCAUAUUCAGUUAAUUCGAAAAUUUCUGCUGUAACUUAAAAUUUUAGCUAAAAUAAGUUAGAUCGUAGCGAGAUUCACUUUAUAACUUGACGUUUCCGCAUUGCAACACUUUUUCCUUCUGUAUAGAUUUAAAAUGAUGCCAACUGCUUGAAAACAAUCUUGUGUGCGUGUGUUUUCUAGCUAGUUGCUAAUGUUGUGAUAAAUUACAAAGAAGUUUGCGAAAAAAGUGACUUCCAUUGUGAUAUUAAUUAAUUUAAUCUUAAUAUUUUGCAAACUUGCUGUUAAUUUACAUGUAGGUUAGUUUUCGGUUUGUUUAGAUGUAUGUGGUGGCCUUAUUAAAAUUGAUAAUAAAGAUUACAUUACGAUUUGA